AACUGUCCGUAUCGAGUGAGAUAUGAAGCCUAAAAAGAAGAAGAUCCAUAAGCCCCUCAAAUGGAUAUUACCUACAGGUUUACCAGUGGAGUAUCUUGGAUUUAGCAUUACCUUGUGGAUCUAUACAGUUCCUUCACCUCACUACUUGCCACAGGGGGCGACUCCCUUCAGUCUGAUGCUGACGGAAGUUUUGUUGGAACGUCUGACGUGUCAAAUUGUCGCCAUUUUCCUGCGAAGAAGGAAACGCCUCGAAGGGACAGAAACACACCGACCGAGUGUGUUAUUCCACAUUCUUUGUUAAAAGAAGAUUCCUACCACCAGCCACCAUGGGGAAUAUGUUUGCAGGGCUCUUUAAAAUGUUCGGGAAGAAGGAGAUGAGGAUACUGAUGGUGGGCCUGGAUGCUGCGGGCAAAACAACUAUUUUGUACAAGCUUAAACUUGGAGAGAUUGUGACCACCAUCCCUACAAUUGGUUUCAAUGUGGAGACAGUUGAGUACAAGAAUAUCAGUUUCACAGUGUGGGACGUCGGUGGUCAAGACAAAAUCAGGCCACUGUGGCGUCAUUACUUCCAGAACACACAGGGUCUCAUCUUUGUGGUGGACAGCAACGACAGAGAGCGAUGUGCUGAGGCCCGUGAGGAGCUCUUGAGAAUGUUGGCCGAGGACGAGCUGCGUGAUGCCGUGCUAUUAGUGUUCGCCAACAAACAAGACCUUCCAAAUGCUAUGAACGCUGCAGAACUCACAGACAAGAUGAACCUUCACUCCCUGCGUAACAGAAACUGGUACAUUCAGGCAACUUGUGCUACCACUGGAGAUGGCCUCUAUGAAGGACUCGAUUGGUUGUCUAAUCAGCUCAAAAACCAUUAACGGGGCAUAUCAAAAAGUAAUUGGCCGCACCCAAAUCCAAAACCAUGCUCUUUACACUUCAGGUAAACUGAUUCACCCUGUACUGGAAGCAGCCCUCACCUCAGCUUUGAUCACAUGCCAGUGGUGGGGGUGAUCUAUCCAUGUAAAGCUUUUGUUAUUAUGCUUUCCUAUUUUAUGCAAGUGUAAAUACGUUUGGUAAUGGUGUGGUGUAUUGCACUCUUUAAUAUUAUGUUAUAGUUCUUCUUUUCCUGGCUGUCAGACAGCCUAUGUGUGAUUUUCUUAAGAAAAGGGAGGAAAAUAAUUGACCUGCACAUUGCAAUCAAAUGGCUCCCCUGGUCAUGUACUGUAGGGGGUGAUCUUUGAGGGGCGUUUGAUUAAGAUUUAACUGAAUUAUACACUGAUGCACAUUGGUGACUACAUUUAAUAGCCCUAACAGUUUGGGUUUAACCCUCUGUACUGACAUCACUCCUGUCUGUGAACACUUAACCAGCCUUUGUUGUCAAAGAUGUUGGCGUAGACCGAAAUGCUGCAGUGAUCGCACACACCUACCUGAUCUACUGUAUGUACAAGCACAGCAAUUUGCUUUGGAUUUUUGUGUUUUAAUGUCUCAGGUUGAUUGUUUUGUUGCCAUUGCAAUAUGACAUGAUGUGACCUGGUAGUCUUAAGGGCAUGUCUACCUGCUGAGUGUCCUCAUUGAGCAGCAGAGGAGCCACUACCCCACUCAGUGCUUAUUUCUGUAUUUCUACACUGUUUAAUUUUGUGAGUGUACUGUGAGAGGUAACUAAACAAUUCAGUGACCUAUCAGAAAGCUCAAAGCAAAUUGCAACUUAUUUUGGGAAGUGGCAUUUUGAUGGUAAUAGCAAUAUUAGCCGCAUCUUUUAAAGUGCCAUCAUCUUUUGUGUUAACACAAUGCCACAAAAACGCCAUUUUUAUUCAAGACACAUUGCCUGUUUUCCUUUCAGUAUGUAUUUCUAAAAGCUGUAGGUGUUAUUUUACCUGUUGGUGGUGAAUUAAAAUGUUGUCUUGAUUUCUAGUUGCCUGAAUGAUGUAUUAAUCUCUUUAAGUUUGUCAAUGUUUUGUGUAAAGCGUUUGAUUUGUAUUUUUUUUUUCGGGGG